AUGGCGGCGGACAAGUACAUUCUCCGCAUCACCGCCGGCAGCGACUACGACCCCUCCACGCACGUCCAAGUCCCCGUGAACCAGCCCUCACCAGUAGCCAUCAGCGGCCCGCACGCCGCGAUCCAGCUCAACGUGCGGGUGCACAACUACGCGGGGCUGCCGCCCAACUCGCCGGCAACAUCGCCAUACUUUGCCGCGGAGCCGCACGCGACCAACCAGGACCAGUACAGCAUCGCCUUCCGCUUCACGCCGACGACGCGACGACAGGCCCCCGGCGCCGCCGCAGGCAUCAACGGCACGGACCUGCAGUUCGGCAACGACUUUGACCGGCCCAUCCGCGACAGGCUGCCGCCCGGCUUCAACACGGCGCUGCGCAUCGUCAAGUGGUGGAUCGACCCGGGGCUCGACGGCGACGCCUACGCCGACCGCCCGCACCUGUACGGCCCCGCGCUGAGCUCCUUCAACGUGCUCGAGAUGGGCGAGGGCGCGCACGAUCCCGCCCGCGGCGGCCUCUGGUUCGACGAGGGCGCUGGUCCCGACGACGAGGCCAGGAAAAGGCUCAAGAUGCCCGCCACGGGCAAGGCGCGCAUGAAGUGGGCGCUGGCGGACGCGAACAAGGAGCAGUUCUUGUUCGAGUACGGCAAGACGUACGGUUUCGACUUUUUUAACCCCUACCUGGACUUUGCCAAUCUGGCGCUGCGCCUGCCUGGCUUUCAGCUGAGCAUUGCCAACUACUGGGACGGCCAGGCACUGCGGUCAUCCAACAACAGGCGCUUACACCAGCUUAGGUACGUGCUGCGGAACAGGACCACGGGGGACGUUUACCUCGUCGUCGUGUUUAGCCUGUUUCUGCGCAAAGAUCUCAACGAGGACGGCACGCUCAAAGAGGGCGCGCAGCAGCUCACCGCGGGCGGUGCGGCGGACGCGACGGCCACGAAGCCGGCGGGUGGCGAGGAGCACAGCCACGAUCACGACGAGGAGGCGGCCAUGAAGCAGGCGCAGGAUAAAUUUGGCGUCCCGCCUUAUGAGACGAGUGCGGAUGAUGUAGACUGA